CGACGAUAUGCCCGCAGUCUUAGAGCAAUACUUAACUGGGAACAGGCACCUGAAGCUGUUAUUCUGAGGACUGAAGAGACGCUUGCUAUAUUAGAGGAAGAAAAGAAAUCACAGACAAUUACCAUGUUUUGGGAGAAUAUCGCGUCUGUAGAAGAUCAGAGAAUGUUUAGGGAAAUGAAAGAUCAGUUGGAUCGUCUAUUGAAGAGAUUGAAAUUCACAGAAGAGACAAUAAUGAGGGUGAGGCGUAUUGUUAUUCAUGGAAUAUCUCAUGGAGCUGAAAUCGGUUUGCAAUCAAAAGGUUUGAACGGGACGAUAUACGCCAUGUAUUAUGAUGUGAAUCUCAAACAUUAUUUUGUGUUUGAGUUGUGCCAAUAUCGAAUUGGAACAACAUUUAGAAGUGUCCCAGAAAGCCUUGGUGUUCUAAAGGAUGUGUUGCGAUUAAAGCAUGAUAUAAUCAAUGUCCUCGGUGUUGUCAAAGAAGUGAAAAACGUUGCCUUCCGAACAAUACCAGAAGAAUUAUUUACUCUUGAUGAUCUUCCAGAAACAACGGCUAGCCCCAAAGGAAGUAGUUUGACAAGAUCAUACUACUUUCAUUCUGGUUAA